UGGUGUCUUUGAACGCACCGCGGGUUGGUCCUCUAGAAGUACAGCCGGUUUGUGUUGGGAAAGUCCACAACGUUGUGGCGCUGCGGCGAUCUGAAGAUAGACACCGACAUUUUCUACUCUUAACGAGCUCAUGAUACUUUCGUAGGAACCCGAGCUCUCUCUUGAACAAUGGAGAAAGCUCCCUUCAGACAGACCCAGAUCUUCGGGGACUGGGAGAUGAAGGAGAGGCUGGGGAUAGGAGGCUUUGCCCAUGUUUACCUCUUCCAGCAAUGCGAAACAAAUGAAAAAAUAGCAGUAAAAAAUUGCCGUCUGGAUCUCACACCAAGGAACAAGGACAGAUGGUGCAGAGAGAUACUGAUCAUGAAAAAGCUGCAUCAUAAUAAUGUUGUGACUGCAAAAGAAGUCCCAGAGGAAAUUAAGGUGAUUGCUUUAAAUGAUCUUCCACUCCUGGCCAUGGAGUACUGCUCCAAAGGAGACCUGAGAAAUGUGCUGAGCAAACCUGAAAACUGCUGUGGUCUGAAAGAAAGUGAAGUGCUUUCAUUACUCCAUGAUGUUGGAAGUGGCAUUCAGUAUCUGCACGAAAACAAAAUCAUUCACAGGGACCUUAAACCUGAAAACAUUGUGCUCCAGGACUGCAGCGGAAAGGUGGUUCAUAAAAUCAUUGACUUGGGUUAUGCCAAAGAUCUGGACCAGGGCAGUCUGUGCACUUCUUUUGUGGGCACUCUUCAGUACCUGGCUCCCGAGUUAUUUGACACCAAGCCAUACACAGUUGCUGUUGACUAUUGGAGCUUUGGCACAAUGGUUUUUGAAUGCUGCUGCGGUUUCCGUCCUUUUCUGCACAACUGGCAACCUGUGCAGUGGGCUGGUGUAGUGAAGAAUAAAGGUCCAAAAGACAUCAUGGCAGUAGAGGAUUCUAAUGGUGAAGUCAAGUUCUCAACACAUCUCGCACACCCAAACAAUCUCAGCAGGGCUCUGGUGGAGCCGUUGGAAAACGUUCUUCAGCUGAUGUUGAAGUGGAACAAAGAGCAGAGAGGAGGCCCAGUGCAUCGUGCCACAAAGAGACCGAUGUGCUUUGAGAUGCUCGAUGACUUACUGAAUAUGAAUGUCGUCCACAUCCUGAAUAUGACCACAGCUCAGGUCCUCUCAUUCAAACUGAGUCCAGAUGAGAGUCUUCACAGUCUGCAGAUGCGCAUUGAGGCCGAAACCAAGAUUGAAGUUGUGAACCAGGAGCUGCUGCAGGAGACAGGGGUCUCUCUGGACCCCAGGAAGCCUGCUAAUCAGUGUGUUCCUUUGGACGGAAUGAGAGGGUGGGAUGAAUACAUCGUGUACUUGUUUGACAAGAGCAUCACCAACUACUCUGGUCCCUUGAAUGCCAGAGACCUGCCUGAAAGAGUCAACAAUAUUGUACAAGAUCCGAAAAAGUUGCUACCUCUGGUUGAGUUAAAGAAAGUUUGGGGCGAAGCUGUGAACUACAUCUGUGGUCUGAAAGACGACUACAGCAGACUCUUCCAAGGCCAGAGAGCUGCCAUGUUGAGCCUCCUGCGCUUCAACACCAACCUGACCAGGUGUAAAAACAGCAUGUUCGGCUUCUCUCAGCAGCUCAGAGCCAAACUGGAUUUCUUUAAGUGUAGCAUCCAGUAUGACCUGGAAAAAUACAGCGACCAGAUGCAGUAUGGGAUAUCGUCUGAAAAAAUGCUGAAAGUCUGGCAGGAAAACGAAGAAAAAGCUGCUACCUUUGCACAGGUGGCAGAAGUGAGCCAUUUGGAUGAUGAGAUUAUGGCUCUUCAUUCUGAGAUCGUAGAGCUUCAGAGGAGCCCAUUCGCUCGGCGACAAGGAGACAAGAUGGAGCAACUAGAAGGAAAGGCAAUAGAGUUCUACGUGCAGCUGAAGAGAACAUGCAAAGCUGCUGACUCCGAUGGCACCGGCGACAGCUCUGAAAUGGUGAAGGCCAUCAUCCAGACUGUCCAGAACCAAGAUAAGGUCCUCAAAGAUCUGUACACCCACCUCAGCAAAAUCCUGAAUAGCAAACAGAAGAUUAUUGACUUGUUUCCACGGAUUGAGAAAACCCUGGAGAGCAUCAAAGAGGCUGACAACACAGUGAUGCAAAUGCAGAUCAAAAGACAGAAAGAGUUUUGGCAUUUACUCAAGAUUGCUUGUGCCCAGAACUCGUCUCGGAACUCCAUGGCAGCCAGUCCCGAGUCAUCCCGCCUGCUGCAGGUUUCUCAGUGGUCCCAGUCUGCACAGCCUGUCAGCUCCCCUCAUCCCCUAACCUCCCUGCCUGGACGAAAUGACAGUGAUGCUGCUCCACGACUGCUGCAGGAGAACCAGAAGUACCUCAGUCAGCUGUCCAAUCUGAUGCAAGAGGCCGCAGACGAACAAGCAAAGAGCAUAGUGGAGCAAGACUGGAGCUGGACAAAAUAUGAAAUGUUAACAACAAAAUUAAAAAAGCGAAAUGCGUAAGCCCCCUUUGCAUCCUCCUUUCCCUCUGGUACUCAGAGUAACACUAAGGACCGAAGGCCGUCAGCUCGGUGGAGUGGCAUCAUGCAUUGUACAGCCGCAUGUGACUCGGGAAAAUCCCGAUUAAGAAAACAGUUCCUUUGUUUUGCUUGGUGGUGUCUGUUAUCAUCAUCCCACACGGUGGAAGGUUUGAUAAAUUAAUAACCCUGUUUUUAUACCAGAGAACAAACAAGCUGUGUCGCCACUCCUUUUCAGUAUGCUGCACAAUAUCCCAUCACAGAUCAUCGGUUUGUCUCCACUGUUGUAUCGCUGAGCAAACUGUAGCACCGGAUUUGAGGGUUUAGAUCGAUGGUAUCCGGAGGAACUUGGGAACCUUGUGGCACAGGAAGAAAACACAGGAAACGUUGUGGGUGGUGACCUGGGAGGGGGGAUGGAAGAGGAGAAUAAAGCACUUUGAUAUUUCCAUGUAGCCUCUCUGAAGAUGAGCUGCGGACACUGGCAGAGUUCACAGACACAACAAAACAGAAACCGUCAGUCACUCAUCAUCAGUUUUGUAUAUUUUACUAUCAUUGUUUUUGGGGUUUACAUUAUGUGUAUGUUUUUGAAACUAGUGUUAUAUAUUCAAAGCAGAGGCGUUUUGUUUCAUGUGCCUCAUACAUGGCUGGCCAUUGUGUUUAUACAUAGUCUAUUCUGUAAAUGUCUUUUAACUAUGAUGAAGAUUAGACGGGGUUUGUCAAAGCGGAGGGUCUUCGCUGCAUUCACAUCAAAAACGGUUGAAUCGACUGGACUCAUUAGUCAGAAUCUCUCAGAAGAAAUUCACUACUUGUUAGAAAUAAACAGCAAAAGCUCAAAGAAUGAUACUUCUUACAGCGAGGUUAUUAAACUAAACACGGACAGAUAAGACAAUCAAAGAAGAUAAAUCGUUAAGGAAAUCGGGGCCGCCAACAUUCAUUUAGUUUGUCAGUUUGGAAUGACUCUAGAAGUUAUAAAGGGUAAUCGCUGUGACCGUACCAUCAGUUAUAGCUUUAUUGCUAAAAACUCAUGGGCUUUCAUUAUUACAAUUUGAACCCCUUUCCACUCUCACCUGCACACUCAGAUAGUUCAUUUGAAAACUAUUCUAGCUGCACAUUUUCACACAGUUUGGAGUAACAGCACUUGGCUCUUAAACCUUUACUGCUAUAAACCAAUCCAAUAACAACAGCGUGGGGAUAUGAUUUAUUAUUUUUAAAACACAUUCUGGUCCCUGCUGUAGUGAUGAGGGCUGCACUACUCCAGGAAAACAUGCAAUUGUGAUACUUUCGCUAAAUAUUGCAAAAACAAUAUGACAUAUUUAUUUUCCUUCAUUACAUUGUUUCCAUUAAUUUGUUUUGAGCUUUAGCAUCACAACCUUUGAUUAUAUAUUACGUGUGGGCACUGAGGGCAGUGAAGGCCCAUCCUAUGCCACAGAUAUAUUAUUGGCAUGCAGAAUUUGUAUGUGUGACACUUAAAAUGUAGCAUCCCACCAAAUAUUGUAUCUAAUUGCUAAAUUUUUAAAUCGCAGUGAGGGGGAUUCUAUAUAGUGAUCUAUUUCCCAGUUAAUGAAGCUGAAGGCAGCAGGACGAAGAGGUGAUCCACAGACAUAAUUUACAUAAACAGCGCAAGUUUUGGACCCCACAGUGGGGAUGUGCACACAGCUGACUAUCAGGGUAAAAUAAAAGGCUCUGGGAGAUUGGGUUCCAGGAUCAGAUAAAAAAAAAAAAAUCAAAAAACACCUCAAGAUCCAUGUCGGAUAUAGACAUGAAGUAGCUCUAUUUAAUAUUAAAUUAUUUUUGAUAUCUUGACCAACGUUGAUCAAGAUAUCAAACGUAGGUUUUAAAUGACCAGAUUGCACUGCGUACAAAGAAGACAGUUCAUCAGAAAAAUGUUAAAACAUGAGUUUCAUGUCUGAGAUUUAAAGAUGAUCCAAGAAAUUUUAUCUUAGUAGAAGUUGAAAAUCUAGACUUCAACUACUUCAAAUGAUAUGAAAGUGGAAAACCCAACACGUCUCCACAUUUGGUUCCCUGGAAGCAGGUCACAUUAGUCAGAUCAGAUGCAAUAUCUUCAUGGAGGUCGGUUUAUUGGCUGAUUAUUUCAGCCGUCCAAACACAACUACUGUAAUAUAACUAAAGCAUGGAGACAUGACACAGCUGUUUAAGGACAUAAUCUGAAUGUGAUCUGUGAUGUGGAUGUGAAUGCGUAUAGGACCCAGAGCUGUAAACGGCUGAAUGUCCUAAUUCUGUUAAUUGCUUCGGGCCAGAAAGAAAUGAACUUGCCGAGUUGUGUUUAUGAAGUUAAAGUGCAAUGGCUUUUUUUUUUGUUUGGUUUUAUAUUUAUGUAUCUCAAUUCGUUGUUUUUCUUUAGAGUUGGAUAUUGUUUUCAUCUGCUGGUUUAAAUUUCUCUUUGUAUGUUAAGUUUUUGAAUAUUUCCUUGUAUGAAGAUGAAAUGUUGACCAGGUAAUAAAAUUAAUCACUUUGA